CAUUCUUAUACCCCCUUAGAUUUUCUCUUUAUUGCUAUGUUUCUCUUUUCUCUUUAUUAUGAUUAUGCCGGCCGGAUUUUUGCAGCCUUCUCUCGCUCCGGAGAAGUAGUAUAUACCUUGCUGCCUCGUUCGAGCGCGUUUCUCUCUUCGUCUCGCUCCGAUUGCGUGAUACCCUCGCUAGAAGUUGUAUAGCGUUCACCUCGAUAAGAGUCCGAUUCGAUAAUUUACGUACUUUUUCAAGAUACUCGCCCAGCCGCCAUGUGGAUCAUUUCUUUCUGGGUCUUCCCCGUCAUCUCGGCCUGUAUGUGGUUGGCUAUGCUGGUUGCGAUGAUAUCGACGUGGGCAGCAAAAGGGAAACCGCAUUAUAGUAACAUGCCGGCGACUCGCACAAUUCCAUACAUCUCAGAUAUCGGCGCAACGGGAAUACAACCUUUGUUUAUCGCAGGUAGCGCGGUCACAGUCGUUUUCUUGGAUCUUUCAUUUCUAUCGGAGCGAUGGUUGAGGCACACGGGGAAGCUCGUGAGGAAUAAAGGACGUUUCGACAAAGCUUGCUCGAUACUUUCCAUUUUGUUCUCUAUUGCCGGGGCAGCGGGGUUAAUUCUACUUUCUAUUUUUGACGACGUUCAUCACCGGAGUCUUCAUGAUGCGUUCUUGGGGCUGUUCAUUGGUGCAUACUUGAUCAGUGCUGUGUUCAUUUGCAUGGAGUACCUGCGUCUUGGUGUCACUUAUCGCAGACAACACCGCAUCCUCUUUAUUAGCUUCUGGAUCAAGUUCAUUUUUAUUGUCGUCGAGCUCGCUCUAGCGAUUGCUUUUGGAGUCUUGAACCAGCACGAUCGGGGCGCGAGAAAUGCCGCCGCUGUUAUUGAAUGGGUGAUUGCAUUGGUCUUCACAUUCUACGUCCUAUCCUUUAUCAUCGACCUAUUACCAUCUGUACGCACUCGCCACCAUAUCCCUCAGGGCGAGAAGGCGUUCGCACGGCCAAGUACCAGUUCUGGACAUCCCGAGAUCACAUACGAAGAGCCAGUCACCACGGACUCUAUGGGUGAUCGAGCAAAUACCUACCGUGGGCCGGUUGCUAGUGGGUAUCAGACGAAUGGAGCGAAUCUGCCUCGGGACUUCUAAUAAACUGUCUCAUGCCUUGCAUAGAAGGGCAGUUAAUGACACGAUAAUCGACGACUGUAAUUUACUUUCUUUUUUUCUUGUUGACCUGUUGGUGUUAUGAAGUGGAGUCGUGAAUUAUGACGACAGUCAUGAUUUAUUUACUAUUCUGAAUAUACCUAAUUUGUUAAUUCGACAU